ACCAAAAAUGAAUAUGCGUUUGAUAUACCUUCCAAAUGCAAAGCAAUCGUGACCAAUCGGUGCAACCUCAAAGUUGUCAGAAAAGUAUUUGACAAUCUAGACGAUGCACAUAAAGAUCGAUUUUUAGAGUCUUGCUUCCGGCCACUAAUAAAUAUUCCUGAGAUCAUAUUGUCCUCGCAAAUAGUCCACCAAGUACUUCGUAGAACAUUGAAAGCGUCCGAAAAUGACAAAGAUGCCGUGUGUUUCAGAUUUGGGGAAAAAGAAGCUAGAUUCGGGUCACAAGAGUUUUGUCUUGUAACCGGAUUUAAGAUUGUGGCGGAUGAUGAAAAUGCGUACGAGGUCCCCAAAAAUAACAGUUCGCUUUUGCAACUGUUCAAGAAGAAGCGGGGGAAGAUCAAACGCAGUGACUUACUCGAGAAAUUUCAUACGCUGGAUAAUGAGAAAGAAGCGGAGACGAAGUACACAUUGGGACUCGUGACGGUCUUGGAGCAUGUUGUUUUGUCAGCAGAGUGCGAAACUCUUGUAGAUGAAGGAUGGUUUAAUUUAGUUGAAGAUUUAGAAAAAUUCAACAGUUAUCCUUGGGGCAACUUGUCGUAUCAGCAAACUGUAAAGUUGUUCAAGCGGACCUCUUUCGGGAAGGGAAAAAAUCCACAGUCCAUAAACUAUUCUUUGCAUGGAUUUCCCAUGGCUAUUAUGAUUUGGGCAUUUGAGGCGCUACCCGACUUAGGAAGAGAAUUUGCUGAAAUAAAUAUUGGUGUCCUAUUUCCAAGAAUGUACUAUUGGAAAAUGAAGAAACAGUUGCGAGGCGAGCUGCUUACUACUUUUUUCGACAGAGUGGAGAUUCAAGUUCGACGAACGUUGGAACCCUCUUCAUAUGAAUUUGAGUCUUCGUAUUUGAACGAAUUGGGUAUAAUUGUCGAGGAAGAAGAUAGUGUCCGUCAAGAUGAGGAUGAAGAAGACACUGCGACUAAAGAUGAUAGAGAAGGCAGUGCAUCUUCUAAAGUUGAUGAUGAUGAUGAUGUGGAUGAUGAGGAAGAAAAAGAAGAAGAAGAAGAAGAAGAAGAAGAAGAAGAAGAAGAAGAAGAAGAAGAAGAAGAUGAUGCGUCUCAACCUGAAGAUGCACCACAACCUCAUGUUUUGGAUGAAGGAAAGAUCGCAAAUAUAGUGAGGAAAGUGGUGAAGGACAAGGUGAGAAAAGUGGUGAAGGAGGAGAUGAACAAUUUGUUUGAGAGAAUGAAGAAUGAGUUUUUUGAAGCAAAAGAUAAACCAUCUAGCCGUGCUACUUAUGAUGUGCCAAAUGAUGAUCCGGAUGUUGAGGUGGAGAAAAAUGUGAGGGAUACGGAGACUGUUGAAUGUGACACGAUGAAAUCACCAUCUCCGAUGUCCGAGCAAGAAAUGGCUGGACUUCAUGGAUUUGAUACGGGUUUUGUGACAGACCCGUCAUCAGCCGUUGUUGUGUACCAAGAGAGACAACUGCCGACACCAAUCGAGAUAGAGGAAACCAUUGAAGAUCUUGAGUCUCCUAAGGGGAGAGGGCACCGAAAGAAAAGAAAGGCCGCCUACGACCCUUAUAGGCCAGUGGAUCCAGCUAAGCUUGAAGAUCUCCAAACGUGGUUGUCGAACUCCCCUAAAAGUGCUGAAGUUGAGUUGUCCUCUGGUGGUCCAGCACGUAAAGUUUUUUUUAAUCAUCUUGUGAACGAUGGAUGGCUUACUAAUGAGGGCGAUGGCCACUGGCUCGCACUGGAGAUUGAUCUAUCCCAGAGAUGCAUUUAUGUCUACGAUAGCGAAACAAGUGUCAUGCGGAGGGCAGAACUGGAGAGACAACUUGAGCCCAUUCGAGUUGUCGUACCGAUGCUACUGGCGCAGCUGAAUGCCAAGUACAGUGGUGAAAAGUUUGAGUACAAAUGGUUGACAUCUCCUAGCCAAAGCAAUGGGUUUGAUUGUGGGAUUUUUACUAUCAAGUUUAUAGAAUUUUUGCAUGCUGGGAAGAAUGUUGAAGGCGUAGAUCAAUCUCGGAUUAGUGCUUGGCGUGUUAAACUAGCGUCUGAAAGAUUUGGUGCUCAUUUUGAUUCA